UAGUUAUCUUUUCUUGGAUACUCUUCAGAGUUUAUUUCCCCAGAAACUGAAACGAAACUGUUAUUUUUGAGAUAUAUUCCAGCAUGUCAGAGCCGCUAUUAAACUCUUUGCUAGAAAUGGGUUUCCCCAAAAAUAGAGCGGAGAAGGCAUUGGCAAAGACACAGUUUAAAGGUGUACAGGAGGCUAUGGACUGGUUGUUUGCACACGAAGAUGAUGCAGAUAUAGAUGCUCCAAUGGCGACACCAGAAGGCCACACACUGGGCAGCUCUUCCACAGAACCCAAGGCAGAAGCCCCACUUGAGACAGACUCUGCCCCUCCUGUACAGGAGAGUACUGAAGGGGGAGAUAAUGACACACAACAAGAACAACAUCCUCCAGAAGCAAAAUCUUUUAAAUGUGAUGAAUGUGGUAAAUUAUUGAAAAAUGAAGAUGCAGUACAGUUCCAUGCAGCUAAAACACAACAUGCAAGUUUCUCUGAAUCUGUGGAUGAGGUUAAACCACUAUCAGAGGAAGAAAAACGAGAGCAACUGUUAAAAUUACAAGAAAAAUUGAAACAGAAACGGCUUGAGAGGGAGGCAGAGGAGAAAAAGGCAGAAAUACAGCGGGAAAAACAGAGAAGGCAUUAUGGCAAGGAUGUUGUAGCUUCCAAAGAAAAGAUGGCUGAGUUGGAGAUGAAAAAGAUAGCUGAACAAAGAAGACGAGAUAAGAUGGAGGAGAAAAUGGCAAGACAGAAAGUAAAAGAACAGAUAGAGAAAGAUAAGAGAGAAAGGGCAGCUAAGUUUGCCAAGCAAAGUCAGGAGACAGCGCCAGCUACAGUGUCUACACCAGCAGCGAAUACCCCAGCCACACAGACAGCAGCACCUGUAGAAAAGAAAGACUACACAGAAACACGAUUACAGAUACGAUUGACCAAUGGCCAGGCACUUACACAAACAUUCGCAGUAAAGGAACCAUUAGCAGCAGUACGGUUAUAUAUAGAAAUGAAUAGAACAGAUCCUCCUGGAAAUUUCUCUUUAAUGACAUCAUUCCCUAGAAAAGUGUUUGCCGGUGAUGACUAUGAAAAACCUCUUACAGAAUUAGGUCUUGUUCCAUCAGCUGUUCUUAUAGUGACCAAAUCUCAAUAAUAAAACAGACAGAUUUGAGUGAAUGUUGAUGAAGAACCUUGGUGCACUAAAUGUUGUGGACUGUUACAUAUCUGGAAGCUGAAGAAAUCGGUACCAUGAUUUUUAACAGGCUGCUAUUGGUCUGUCAAUCUGACUUGCAGAAAUCUGAGAGAUGAUGUGAUUUUCUUCCGGAUUUAUAUGAACUUAAAGGAAAUUGAUGAAUUUGAAAGCCGCAUCAUGGUUUUGGUUGUUGGAAAUUUCCCACUGUUGUCAAAUAAAGUCACUUUUGUGAUUUUGAUAUUAAAACUUCCCUUGCACCUUUGCUACAAGUUGUUAAAUGCAUAGAAAGAAUGGAGAAUAGCUGAUUAAAUUCUGAAGUUAUUAAUUAUUUACAAUUGUAAUCAAUGAACUCAUGAAUACUGUCAUUUUAUUGAAGUAAAGAAUGCAGAAUACAUCUUUAUGCUCAACAGAUUGUAUUAUUCUAACUACUCGCAAAUUUACAGUUACUUAUUUCAGUAAUGUAUAUUUAAUGGACUUGCUUUAGCCUACCACAAUACUAGACCAUACAUGUAUUCAAAAUGGUCAAUGAUACCAUAUAUAUCUCUGACUUUGUUAAGUGUGGCUGAAACGUCCAGAAUUAUUUUUUUCUUGAGUUGGCUUUUACAUAGUUUACUUUGUCUGUGAUCACAUACAUAGUAAAAAUGAAUUACAUUUAAAAAGAAUAGUGAAGUAUGCCAUUUUAAUAGUAACUUUCAUCUGUUUUCCUAACAUGACAUUUGUAGGUCAAGUUAGCAAAAUAAUGAAAAUUGUGUAUUUAACAUCAUGAUGAAUUUUUCAUCCACUAUCCUGUAAACAGACUGCUCAAGUGUUUUUAUAAAUCUGUAUAGAAUUCUCUGUAUCAUUAUAUUUUACCUUUCAUUUACAAUUACUUCUAAUGAAACUAUACAACUCAAAUGUUGAGAAAAAAAUACCAAACUCUAGAAGCAUGCCCUUUGUAUUUAAAAAGCUACAUAAGAAAACUGGGUGUACCACUGACUGAUUGAUUAUGGUUUAAGACAGUAAUAAUCAAAUAAAGUUAUUUUGUUAAGAAUUCAAGUUUUUUUGUUUGUUUCUUUAAUUCUUUGGUCACCGCGUCACAAAAAGAAAUUAACAGUGAAAUGACAAAAAUGACAGACUUAUCAAAAAUGAAACCAAAGCCUGUCCAGACUUGAAAAUGUUUAUUUUAUAGUAUUGUGUAACAGUUAAUGUAAAAUAAGAACUUACGUAAACAGAAAUUUGAUGGGUGUUUUGAAUCAGUGUUAAGGUUGAUUAUAUAGAUAUUUUAAGCAUAAAGUAUGUCAUUACAUAAUGUAUAAUGAUAGCCAGCAUCUGAUUGUUUCCCUUCUGUAGUGCCUGCAGAUGUAAAAAUACUGUUUACUUUAGUUACUGAUACUGAAAAAAAAUUUAUAUUGCUUAAAAGGGCAUUUGUACAUGCGCUAAGGGACAUAAUAAAAGGUGUAUUAAAGUGUCAGCUAGA